UGCAACAACGCUCCGCGGCGCAAAGCAAUUCGCAAUUGCUAUUUCGAGACGGAAAUAGCUGGGUCGAGUUCGUCUAAAAUUAUUCGAUUGGAUAGAACGAAAUCUCGUUUACCACUUAGUACGCUUCCGUGCCGGUGUCUCUUAACCGCGAUCGAUCGCGCCGGUGUAUCGAUUCAACGACAUCGAUAUGGCAGAAUCGGAACGGUUUUACAAAACUCUGUGCUCGUUGGAGACCGUGAGAUCCGAAAAAAGAGGUUUCUUCCGUGAUUUUAGCGAGAACGUGACACGAGUCGCCGGGGAACAGUGGAUUUCGAAGGUGUUCGGUCGACUGGCCACCGACGAGGAACGAGUUCGAACUGUUUUCACCGAUUCAAAGAUAAAGGACGCUGUUCUAGAAACAUUGAAUCGCACGGAGAUCCUUUAUCGUGACAAGGAUGCAAUGGCGUCUAGAGCGAGAAGACUCGAAGGAUUCGAGGCAAUGGCAGCGGGGGAAAGACAGAAGGCGUUAUUGCUGUUCAGUCAAGCCAUUCUUCGAGCAUCUCUUCCAGGCAAAUGCAAGACAGUCGAUCGAGGAUUAGGAUUACCACUCGCGUUCCUAGCUAGAGCCGAGGCUUUUCUCACGUGGAACGAACACCGGUUCGCUCUGGAAGAUUUGACUUUCGUCGAGGAGAUGAAUCAUCUUCUGCCAAACGAGUUAAGAACAAUGUUGGCUCGGAAGAAAGAAACGUGCGAGAAAUUCUUACGUGCAAAUGAGAAAAGCCUAGUAUCUAUUGAACAGGUGUCGGAUCGAAGGAAUGGAGCAUUGGUUGCCACCGAGGAGAAAUAUGUAUUGAAAGGUGGUGAAAAUCCUCGUCUACCAGGAGCCUCGACUCUCCUUGACGUCGAAGAAACGGCGAAUGCUGGGAAACGAGUGAUCGCGGCGAAAAAUAUCGAGCCUGGGGACCGAUUGAUCAUUGAAUCGCCACACGCGGCCAUUCUGCUUCCAGAAUUCUUCGGUACCCAUUGCCAACAUUGUUUUUCGAGAUUCAAAGCGCCGAUAGGAUGUCCGGAUUGCAGCAGCGUGGCGUUCUGUGGAAGAAAGUGCAGGGAUGCAGCCUUGGCCGGCUACCACAAAUACGAGUGCAAAAUUCUGGCCCUGUUGAUAGGCUCGGGGAUGAGCGUUUUGAGCAUGCUCGCCCUGCGAAUGGCGACUCAAAUUGGCGCAGCAGGCUGCCUCCGCGUCCACCGAGCAUUAAAUCGUCAGGAUCCAGUGGUGGACGGGGAGGAAGCCGCGGAAUCGUCGACGAUAACAACGACGACGUCAGAGGGGAAACUGAGCAAGUCGGCGAAGCGUCGUUCGAGAAGGAAGAAACUUCGAGACUCGAGACGGACAAAGGAGGGGGAACCGGUGACGAAACGCGGGGAAAUAAAAGGAGAGGAAGGGGGGGGCGAGGAGAGAAUGGUGGAAAGUGUGGAUCUGCGAGUGUACGGUCUCGUGAUGCAUGAAAAACGAAGGGCGGCCAAGGACUUUUUCGAAAGAUCGUUGAUGGCGGCGUUUCUUUUUAAGUGCUUGCAGAAGGUUGGAUUCUUCGACGAUCCGUCGAGCAACGAAGAGACGCCCAACGAUCGAGAGAUUGCAGUGGCCAGCCUACUGCUGAAACAUCUUCAGUUGUUGCAAUUCAACGCGCACGAAGUAUUCGAGACGCGACUUGGAAUGGAGCAUCGGUUUCGUGGUAGCAAAUCUAUCUAUAUAGGAGUAGCCAUUUAUCCGACAGUUGCCCGAUUCAAUCACGAUUGUUAUCCGGCGGUAACCAGAUAUUUUCUCGGCCGUUGUAUCGUGAUUCGAGCAACUCGCAGUCUCCGACCAGGAGACGUGGUCGCUGAAAAUUACGGACCUAUAUUCACGAAACGAAACUUAGAGGAAAGACGAAGAAGUCUGGCUGGAAGAUAUUGGUUUUUCUGUGAAUGCAACGCCUGUCGUGAAAACUGGCCAUGCUUGGAAGUUAUGACGAACGAUGAUGUUAGACUGAGAUGUCCAACCAAAGGAUGCUCUAACAUUCACCAGCGUCCACGAAAUGCCAACAAAUCCAUCUUCGAGUGUUCCUCUUGUCGACGAAAAAUCGACUUGAGAGAAUCGUUGGACCAGUUGCGCGAAUGCGAACGACUAUACGCUCGAGGAUUUGAAACAAUGGAAAAAGAACAACCCAAGAAGGCACUGGAGGCAUUCUUUGAAGCAACAAGCAAGUUUCACAAAAUCGCUAUGCCGCCUCAUAAAGACACUCACUUGGCUGAAAUUGCAGCGAGCGCGUGCAUGGCGGAUGAAGGAAACGUUUACCAACUUGACUCCUUCCUUUGACUACGCGAAUUUGCUACCAUCUAUACCAUCUUGUGAACAACGAAAUAGAGAAGAAAUGGAACUAAAGAGAACAGGAAUAGAAAAACAAAAAAAAAAUUAUGUGAUUAUUACCUUCAUCGUAGUUUGAUCGUUUGAGCAACAUUUAUCUCGAUAAAUGGUGAUUAAAAUAAAGAUAUUUCAAAGAAAUUGUUACAAAAAUCACGUGAUAGAUCGGAAAAAAGGAGAAAUAUAUGGAUAAUCGAUGUGAGAGUGUAACAAACUUCACCCUCAAUUCGUGAGUUUUGCGAUUUUUUUGGCAUUUAUUUUUUAUAAUGCACAUGUUUCGUGAAAAAAUUAAAUUCCGUAUAUGAAAGUAGCUUUUCCAAGUUUCGCAUUUCGGUACAAAAUUCACUGGGUUCAAAGGGAAGGAGGGAAUCGUCAGUCGUUGAGGAAACGGGGACAAGGACAAGGAUAUAUGGAUUGGGAUUAGGGAAAAAUAUGGAAAAAGGUUAAGAAUGAGGAAAGCAGGAUGGAACGAUCGAUGGGAUAUCGAUCGACGGACGACGUGUUGCAACGCGUCCAGGUCGCGACCGGCGAGAUCUACGUCUCCUCUUUUACCUGUUGUUUAUUCGAGGGACACAAGUUCCCUCGACAUUCUUCUCUUUCAUUCCUUUUUCUUUCCAUCUGUCCCUCGACCCUUCGAUUCGAUAGGGACAGCUUCUUAUCAUCGUGCAUCAUUGCGAUCGCUCCUCGCGAAAAGCUGAAUUUAAAACUAAUUGACUGUCGCAACGAGUGGUACGCGGAUUGUCACGAUCCUCUCGUACUCGUCUCUCCCUCGAAAGUAAUAAACGCGAUUCAAAAAAACGUCUCGCUCGAGA